AUGAAACAGUCUCAAAGCAUUUCAGCUGCUUUAUCUAAACAAUUUGAGCAAAGCAAGAGUGAAUAUAGAACUCGUUUGGAAGCUUUAAUUGAUUGCAUCACGUUUCUCAUACGCAAUGGAUUGGCACAUCGUGGGCAUGAUGAAUCGGAGGACUCGGAUAACAGAGGUAACUUCCUUGAGCUUUUGGAAUUUCAUGCUCGUGGUAGAGAAAUAAUACAAAGAGUUACGUUGGAAAAUGCUCCAAGAAAUCUGCAACUCGCUUCUCUAGAUAUUCAAAACGAUAUUGUUCGUGCAUUAUCUAUUGAAGUAACUAAAGAAAUCCUCAGAGAUCUUGGAGAUGAUUAUUUUGCAAUAUUAGUAGACGAGACUCGUGAUGUGUCAAUUAAAGAGCAAAUGGUUGUAGUAAUAUGUUAUGUUGAUGGAAUUGGAUAUGUUGUAUAG